GCAGAUUUUGCCGCGGGUGUCCUUGGUGGCAUUUCCGGCAUCAUCGUUGGCUAUCCCGCCGACACGGUUAAAGUCCGCCUGCAGUCGGGCAUCCCCCCGGGCCAGUCGACCCUCGGGUGCUUCGCGCACAUCUUCAAACAUGAGGGUCUCCGUGGCUUCUACAAGGCAUGAGCUCCCCCGUGGUCGGAGUCGGCCUGAUCAAUGCCAUCCUCUUCGGGGUCUACGGCCACACCCUGCGCCUGCUGGCCGAUGAGAAUGACAACUAUGCCAUGGGCGAUGACAGCGCCGCCCCGGUGAGCCACAUCUUCGUGGCCGGCUCGGUGGCCGGACUGGUCAACACGAUCAUCGCUUCGCCGCUGGAGCUGGGGAAAAUCCAGGCACAGAACCAGCUCAACACGGCCGAGGGGGCGGCCUUCCGCGGCCCGCUGGCCUGUUUGCAGGACAUCUACCGGGCGCGCGGCCUGGCCGGCUGCAUGCGCGGCUUCACGGCCACCAUCCUCCGUGAGACCCCCUCGUAUGGGGCCUACUUUGCGGCGUACGCGGUCCUCUGCCGGGCCAUGACCCCGGAGGGGGCCUCUGUGCGGGACCUCGGCUGGGGGAAACUCCUGCUGGCUGGCGGCAUGGCCGGCAUGGCCGGCUGGCUGAGCACCUACCCGAUUGACGUGGUUAAGACCCGGAUGCAGAGCGCCGAGGGCCUCGUCUACAAAAACACCUUCGAAUGUGCCAAGCACUUGGUCCGCCACGAGCCGGCGGCCAUGUGGCGCGGCCUGACUGCCACCCUGGUCCGAGCCUUCCCCACCAAUGCGGCCACCCUCUUCACAUACACCAUCGCCAUGCGCAUGUUCUCGGAUCUGCAUGCCUCGAACAGCGACUAGGUGAAUGCGCGUGUCUCUGCGCCCUGCGGCGGCGGCGGCGGCGGC